AUGUCUGAAAUCCAAAACAAAGCUGAAACUGCCGCCCAAGACGCCCAACAAAAGUUGGAAGAAACCAAAGAAACCUUGCAAAACAAGGGCCAAGAAGUGAAGGAACAAGCUGAAGCUUCUUUCGAUAACUUGAAGAACGAAGCUACCCCAGAAGCUGAACAAGUGAAGAAGGAAGAACAAAAAUUGGCUAACGGUGUCGAACAAAAGAAAACGGAAGCUGCUAACAAGGUUGAAGAAACUAAGAAGCAAACUACCGCUGCCGUUAACGAUAAGAAGGAAAACAAAAAGGAAGGUGGUUUCUUGAAGAAAUUGAACCGCAAAAUUGCUGCCAUUUUCAAUUAA